CAGAAGCAGGGGCGAGGCCUCCCCAGGGCCGUCUCCUGGGACCACCUGGGACCACAGCAGAGACGCAGGGUGGCUAGAGGCGAGAGAGGUGAACGCGGCCUGGGCCUGCCUGGGUGAGAGACCCUUGCCACUCACGCCCCGGGAACACUGGCGGCCAUGGCCGUGGCCCAGCAGCUGCGGGCUGAGAGCGACUUUGAACAGCUUCCCGAUGACGUAGCCGUCUCGGCCAACAUUGCCGACAUCGAGGAGAAGAGGGGCUUCACCAGCUACUUUGUUUUUGUCAUCGAGGUGAAGACUAAAGGAGGAUCCAAGUAUCUCAUCUACCGCCGCUACCGCCAGUUCUACGCCUUGCAGAGCAAGCUGGAGGAGCGCUUUGGGCCCGAGAACAAGACCAGCCCGUUCACCUGCAGCCUGCCCACACUUCCGGCCAAAGUGUACGUGGGUGUGAAACAGGAGAUCGCUGAGAUGCGGAUUCCUGCCCUCAACGCCUACAUGAAGAGCCUCCUCAGCCUUCCCAUCUGGGUGCUGAUGGACGAGGACGUCCGGAUCUUCUUCUACCAGUCAUCCUAUGACGCGGAGCAGGUACCCCAGGCGCUGCGCAGGCUCCGGCCACGCACCCGGAAAGUCAAGAGUGAGUCCCCACCAGGCGCCCUCUUUGACCGCAUGGCCGCUCCGAGAGCAGAGGCCCUGUUUGACUUCACUGGGAACAGCAAACUGGAGCUGAAUUUCAAAGCUGGAGAUGUGAUCAUCCUUCUGAGUCGGAUCAAUAAAGACUGGCUGGAGGGCACCGUCCGGGGAGCCACGGGCAUCUUCCCACAGUCGUUCGUGAAGAUCCUCAAGGACUUCCCGGAGGAAGACGACCCCACCAACUGGCUCCGCUGUUACUACUAUGAGGACACCAUCAGCACCACCAAGGACAUCGCGGUGGAGGAAGACCUCAGCAGCACUCCGCUAUUCAAGGACUUGCUGCGGCUCAUGAGGCAGGAGUUCCAGAGGGAGGACAUCGCCCUCAAUUACCGGGAUGCCGAGGGGGACCUCAUUCGGCUGCUUUCAGAUGAGGAUGUGGCGCUCAUGGUGAGACAGGCCCGAGGUCUCCCCUCCCAGAAGCAUCUCUUUUCCUGGAAGCUACAUGUCACCCAGAAGGAUGACUACAAAGUCUACAACACUGCCCCCUGAGCUGAUGGGAACUAAACAAAUAAUAAAUAAAUAAAUAAACUUUAAAAAUAA